UACUCUGGCGCGAAGCGUCAUCAGACUCUCCCCGAACCCAGGUCUGUCCUUUCCCGUGCAAAGCUGAGUAUGCCCACCACAUGCACAGGCAUUGUGGUCAGUGUUGGGGGGUAGAUGUACAUGUGCGACGACGUAGACUAGGCUGUGCGGACAUAUAUCGGUGCGGUGUCGAAACAACAAGCCCUGGCGGUCACGGGACCCGCAGCAUCAGUUGACGCUCGCCUGACGGAAGGCGCUUCCGGCAAAAUCGCAGUCGUCAUCUGGGCAAAGUUGCGAAUACCAUUGCCUGUCAGUUGGGAUUGCAACAUCAUUUCUGUUGGAGCUCUACUUUGCCUGGAGUUACUGAUUGGCGGGAGACGAUUCCGAAGCUUGAGCGGAGUAAACUGUAAAGGAGCUGAGCCUGACGAGGAAAGGAGUAUGGAGAGCCACCACCGUGGAGAAGGCAUUGUAUUCAAUGUCAGCUUGCAAGGCACUAUCAUGUGUCUGAAGGACAGUGACUGUGGCUCUUUGGAGUUCUGCUGUCCUGACGGGCAGAAUGGAUCAAUGUGUUGCGAGCGAUCGGCGUCCGUACGGGCACUCUGGAUCAUGGGAGUGUUUCUGUGCAUCGCCAUCAUGCUCUGCCUGGCCAUACUGGUCAGAAGCCGCACGCGCUACCUACGCUGCGGUCGUAGCCAUGACGAUCACGGACCGCACCAGCAGCAGGCCACGGCCAGCACUUGGUCGCCAGUGCUGACUACGCUGCGAGAGCUACCGCCACCGUACAGCACUAAGCCGCUAUCGUCGCGAGAGCUGCUCUCGUUGCAGCGGCAGGCCAUGCGGUACCGAGCGCAGGCACAGCAAAGUUUAGCGCCGGUCACUGAGAGUAUGCUGGCCGAGUUUGAGCAGCUGAACACGGACACAGAGCAGCAGUCGCAACAGCAACACAUGCUGCCCUGCUACCAUGACGUUACGCAGCCAAUUAUGGAGGAGCCGUCAGUGGAGAUGAUGCGGCGAGUGUCGCCGAUACCGAACCUGGAUGAAGAUGAACUUGUGUACCAGUCAGAUUCAACAAGUGACGACUCCGAGGUGGAGCAGGGCCGUCUGAAGUAUGCGUCGUAUGCAUCCGCGGCUGCACGCAAUUGCAAGCUAAGAAUGACCCCACUGCCACCGCCACCACCGAUGACCGGCGGCAGCAAGUCAAUGUCACGUAGUUACGACGCUGGUAUACACAAUGUGCCACACAAAUUGGGAUCAGCGUCGUCUGGAGCAAUGGCAGCGGCCGCAUCGUCAGCAAAGCCGUGCAGCGGCGGUGAGACGAUAGAGAGGCCGCGGCCGUUUUCCAGAUCCACGUCCGUAUCGCCCGACAUCCGUCACAUGUACACACUGGCUGCCCCUGGCGAGACUCAUCUCACACUGCUGCCACCCCCGCCACAGCAUCGGCUGGGAUGUCCACCUCGGCGAAACCGCUCCUGGAGCUCAUCGGCUGCCCCGUCGCCACUUCAGUACUUCUUGCUGGACGACAGUCCGAAUCCUCUUGUUAUGCCGUCAAGACCAUACACGUCAAUGGACCUCAGACCCCUACCUGGGUAUACUGCCGAGCCACCACCGGCCAGUGCAAUGCGUCCUCACAGCUCACUGGGACACACAUCAGUUAGAACUCCUCUGAACUUUUCUCUCCAGCGUGCUCACCACAGUUUCGACAAUAUUGGUGCCGCCACUGAUCCAGCAUCUCUCACAUAGUGGAGAAGUAAAGAGAUUGAUUCUUACCAGCCUCAGUAUCCAUUGCCGUAUAUGGUCGCACCGUACUGUGGUGAGUGACGAAGGCCAGGACCUCUGCAUCUGUCAGCACACGUGCUGAUGAUGUCACCAUGAUGUCAUUUCUGAUGUCAUGAUUUCUUAUAAUACCUAAUGAUGUAAUCAUGACAUCAUACCGAUGCCUGUGAUGUACAGUGGAUCAGUGCAUAGGACAACGGACGCCUUCAACGCAGUGAGUAACUCUUUGCCGCCGCUGUAGAGUGACGAUGGCUCAGCUAGUCCAUGGAUUGCCAGCAACCCGUGCGGCAAGAGCUGAGAGCAAUGCAGAUCAGCUCAUUUUAUCACAGCACGGCCUGAUAGCCAUGACAACAAGUUAUAGUACAUCUGUGGUGGCACGAUGACUGUGAGUAACAUGCCCUGCCGAUGAUGCGGAGGCUUUAACUCAUCUACAUGUUGAACAGGAGCACAUUGAGUCUUGAGUCUUUUCUACAAUAUUAUCAUACAUGUUGACAAAUAAAUGAUGCUUGCUGCACAAUCCAUCCUUCUUGUUGCUACAUUGAGUCUUGCUGAACAAUAGGAACAUAUUAAACUUUAUGGCAUUGCAAACGCCAACUCAUGAGGCCUUGUCAGUGCAAGAUUGGCAUUGUCCCCAUUGGGUGGUCCGAUGCAGCAUAAGCACUAAUGAUGGUCUCGAUCUUCUGUCCUGAUGGUACCUAAACCAUCUACAGCUUCUGCAGUGACGACUUUCUCUUUCCCUCCUACAACUCUUCCAUCACGAUGCCGGUCUCUUAGCGUUGUCUUCAGCUUUGUCAAUGGUCUCUAACUUAGUCUAUAAGUCAUUCUCCCAUAAUGUGCUGAGUUAGUAGUCUGUAGAUCAGGGAGUCAUGUGACUUCCUUUGUUGACUCUUGAUGUUUAUGUAGUGCUGUCUGAAAUGGUGAAAACUACAAUAUCAACAUGA